GUGCUUUUCUACCUAACUAUAAGCCUUUUAAAGCAAUGGAUUAACUCGACACUUCACUAAAGAAACAACAACAACAAACAGACAGAAAAACAAACAAAUGACAACGUAAAGUGAAUUAAAUCCGGUGUUUGUAACAAGUUUUUAAGCAGCGAGGAGCAACACUGCAGCCAUGAUGGCGUCUAGUUACAACGCCAAAGACGAGGACGGACACAUCACAGUGACCGGGCCCGGAGGAGGCUCUCUGCGGGGGAAGAAGCCCGAAAACACGGCUUUCAAACAGCAGAGACUACCAGCAUGGCAGCCCAUCCUCACUGCGGGCACCGUGCUGCCUGCCUUCUUCAUCAUCGGCCUCAUCUUCAUCCCCAUCGGCAUCGGCCUGUUUGUGACGUCCAACAACAUCAAGGAGUUUGAGAUCGACUACACAGGAGUCGAUAUGUCCAGUCCGUGCUUCAACUGCUCCCAGCACUUCAGCUGGAACAGCACCAAGCCGUGUACCUGUACCAUCCCCUUCUACCUGGACCAGCCAUAUGACAGCAACGUCUUCAUGUAUUACGGCCUCUCCAACUUCUACCAAAACCACCGUCGCUACGUCAAGUCGAGAGACGACAGCCAGCUGAAUGGAGACUUGGAGUCCCUCAAGAGACCCAGCAAGGAGUGUGAGCCAUAUGCUUUUCAUGAAAACAAGCCAAUCGCGCCGUGUGGAGCCAUCGCCAACAGCAUGUUCAACGACACGUUGGAGCUGUUUUACAACGACCCGAACGGCACAAAGAUCCAGAUUCCUCUGAUGACUACGGGUAUCGCCUGGUGGACGGAUAAGCACGUGAAGUUCAGGAACCCAGGAAGUAGCCCGAACCUCACCGCUGUUUUCCAAGGUACGACGAAGCCGCUGAACUGGCGCCGGCCCGUGUACGAGCUGAGCGGCGACGCCAACAACACCGGCUUCAUCAACGAGGAUUUCAUCGUGUGGAUGAGAACCGCCGCUCUGCCCACCUUCAGAAAGCUUUACCGCAUCAUCAGUAAGAACAACAACAACAUGGUGCCAACACUCGCCAGAGGAAACUACACCCUGGAAGUCGUCUACAAUUAUCCCGUCCGCAGCUUCGAGGGCAGGAAGCGGAUGAUCCUGAGCACCAUCUCCUGGAUGGGAGGCAAGAACCCGUUCCUGGGCAUCGCUUACAUCACCGUUGGCUCCGUCUGCUUCUUCCUGGGCGUCGUCCUGCUGAUCAUUCACCACAAAUACGGCAACCGCAACAACAGCGCCGACAUCUCCAACUGAGACGCCGGCUGUAGUCUAGUUCAGCUCCCUCUGCACUGCGGAGAACGCUGAUCCUGUGACACAUCGGCCUUUUUAAACUUUGAUCUGUCGGCUGGAGUUGUAGAUGAAUAAAAUAAUAUCCACGUGAACUUCCUCAGCUGUCAAACAUUAGAUUUCGGCUGAUUAUAUUUGCCAAAGUGAACGGAAAAGUAGUCAAAAAUCAGCAGCCAAUGUCAACGUCUUACCACUUUGUGCAGAUUUUUUAGUCCUGGCUGGAUAUCAGACUGAUGUGUCACAUGAUCAACUGCCUUAAGAGUCGGAUAUGAAUUCAGAGACUUCCUCUUCAGGCCUGGAAAGACUUGAGAAGUAAUGCAGAUUUAAUAAAAAAGAUAUUUCAGGUCUGUUCAAGUUUUUUUUUCCAGAUGUUGUCCUACCUGGAACAAGAGAAAGUUUAAUUAUAUCAAGGAAAAAUGAAUCAGAAACUUGAGUAAAUCAGCUGUUGCCUUGAUACUAUCAGAUAAAUCUAAUAAAAGCCCGACAGAAACCUUAAAUCCUGGCAAAAAGAAAAAGAGUUUGGAGUCUAAGAAGUAAUAUUUGUUAAACUUUCCGGACCUGUGUAGGAUCUCUGACGUGUUACGGUGCAUUCAGGUGCAGUUAAAGUGAACGCUACUUCUACUACUACUAAGUCUUGAGUUGCAUGCUGGGUAUCGGAGUUGUUAAUGUGAUCGCGGAGCUGCUCGAGCGGCUCGUCUUUGUGCCUCGUUUUUCGCCUGGUAAACGUCUAACUCGCUUUAAAAACUAAUAUCACGCUUUAAUCGAGUCAUAGCACUGACAAAAUGUGCCAGGAGUGAUCAUCCUGACAGUUUGGAAGCUGUACAAAUGACAUGUUUUUUGUUUUUUUUGUAUUUAUUUGAUUGUUUUUUUAUUUUUUAUGUUUGCAUUGUGAAGCCAGUAUUUGCACGCCUGACCUCACGUUUUUUUUGAGUAACUAAAAAUUGUGUGUGAAUCUGAAAAAGGUAGAAAAACACGUACUUUUCAAUGGUGUCACAGCUUCAUUCAUUGUCGUUUACAUGCAGUAAUAAUCAAUAAUCAAUACAGCAUGACGGAUCAAUAGUACAGUAAGAAUUCAAUACAUGUGAUUUAAAUGUGUUUCUAUGUUUAUGUCACUUUAACAUUUACACUGCAGAGUUUAACACGUUUGAACACUCACUUCCUGCCAUUUUUCAGCUGUUUAGAGAACUGCUGAGAACAUAACGAGCUAGUCAAAUAAACACAGCAUGUUGAAAUGUACUGAGUUAAAAUGUGUUUUUUCUUCUUCUUUUCUUUUCUUAUGUUUCGUUAUGAUUCAUUUGUAAUUAAGAGAUGCAAUAGAUUUGAUUUUUUGUUUUGAUACUUCAUCUGUAAUUGUAUUGUUGCUUUAAAAAGAAAUAAAUAUGUCUUUUAAAAAUCUGAA